AGCAAAGUACAUCUCUGAUGAACAUAUGCAUGUUUGCGUAAAGAUAUCUAUGAAGAUGGGCCGUAUAAGUCACCUGUCUGGUCAUAAGUAGGACUUGGAUGGAUCCAGUGUCGAGUUAAAUUAGGUGGCUGGAUUUCGUUCACAACCCUGCUUUCCAGUUUCACCACUUCUCUUUUAUCCCAAGAUGACCCAUGAAUGGUGACAUACGUUUCUGCUGCUAUUCUCAUGACUUCGCAUACUUUCUGAAAUCUAAUUCUGCUACCCCUGCAAGCAACAUUCCCAUUUCACUCCAUGGCUGCAGCAAUUUCCCUCUCCCUUCCUUUGGAUCCACAAAAUCUUCUUUAUCCCUGUCGCCUCCGCCCCAAUACUCUCUCUGGACCUCUGCAAUCUCGUUUCUUUACUCGGUUAUCACCCAUCUAUAAAUACCCACUUACUACGUUCCAUAGAGAGGGCUUGUGCAGCUUCAAGUCUUCUUCAUCUUCCUCUUCGUCCCACUCUUCAACAACACCCACAACCCCAACCCCUUCGCACCACGAAGACCCCUUUCGCACCGGGCGAUUUCUGAGUAAUGAAGAGCUCGAAAAGCUUAGAUUCCUUCAAAAUUUCCUAUAUUUUAAGGAAUUGGAAUCUGGGUCUUUGUGGGUUCGGGUAAUGGGGGCGGAGGAAAUGGACAUGACCAUUGGGUUGCUUGCCGAAUCCUUUGCUGAGUCAAUGGUAUUACCCGUAGGUUAUGUUUCUGUGUUGAAGUUUUUGGUGAGGCAGUACUUGAUGGAGAGAAAAAUUCAAAUGCCGCACAUGGCUACACUUAUCGGUUUUUACAAAGAAACUGGGGAAGGUGGUGAAGAACAAGAAGUGCAGUUGGCAGGGACCGUGGAGGUUUGUUUUAACAAGAUGGGUGCCAAUGCUUCUCCUCCAACACCAACGCCUCCCAAAGAUUCGCCUUACAUAAGUAAUAUGGCCGAAACAUGCAAUUCAAACAAUGAAACUGCUCAUGCCAUCACCCACUAUGGUGAUAGUAAUAUCAUUAUCGCAAUCAUCAAAUGGCAUCAUCCCCAGGGUCAUGCCUUUGGUCAGAGUAUCAGCCCACAUGUAUAUGAUUUCCUGUUUCCAAAUGUUGGAUUUCAAGAAGUUGAGAGGGGCAUUGGUUGGCAUCUUCUAAAGGCAGGCGAGGAGCUAAUUUCUCAGAUGAGUUCCUCAAGAGAAGUUUAUUUGCAUUGUAGAAUGAUUGAUGCAGCUCCGCUUAACAUGUAUAAAAAGGCAGACUACAAAAUUGUAAAGACAGAUAGCGUAUUAGUUCUGCUGAUGUUGCAGAGACGCAAGCACCUGAUGCGCAAGAAACUUCCUCUCUUGAGUAACCCUCCAGAGUCAGCCGCAUCAGAAUCUGAUACAGAAACGUUUGCAUGAGGACAGAAGCAGUAGCAACAAUCAUCAUGGUGGGUUGAAUUAUGAAUAGGGAUCAAAUGAGUGGUUCAGGGAUCCCUACCUGAAUCCCCCUAUGUAUAGGGCUGAGAAACUAUGUAUAGCAGGUUCCCGUUAUGCAUAUAUUCAUACACCAGGAACCGGUGCUUUCCAUCAGCGCAAUAGCCUAUUAGAGAAACAAGAUUCGGGUGGUCAAGUCUACUCAAGAUGUCAACUUCAACACGGAACUCUCGCUCUCCUUCUGCUUCUUUAAUUGCUGGCAGAUCCAUUUUCUUGAUUGCUACAACCUGUAGAGGAAGACAAUAACAUGUUAACAUGUCUUCGCAUGUUGUUACAAAAUCUUGUUGGUUUACUUUGCCAUGAAUUACUGUUUUCUACUGUUUAUAUUAAAUGGUGGUAUCACUAACAGUUUAAAAGCUCUAAAGCCCGAUUUGUUUAUUGAAUCAGUAUUAAAAGAA